UACGAACGAAGAAGAAGAAGAACCAGAAAGAUGUCUGAAUUAUUGUCUCCGGAACUCAGAUCCCCUACAAAGAAGAAGAAGAAGGAGAUGCUUUCCUAUUUGCCUCCGGAAGUCAUCACGCUCAUCCUAAGCCGACUCCCGGUGAAAUCGGCGGUGAAAUGCACCGCCGUAUGCAAGGCCUGGUAUGCUCUCAUCAAAGAUCCCACUUUCAUUCCCACUCAUCUGCAGCAGGCCGCGUCUCUUCAGGACGACGAUCUUCUCCUUCACGGAUUCCACUACUUUCAUUUGUGCUGGGACAAUGGCGCUUUUGUAGGGCAUAAGAAGCUCCGCUUACCCUUCAAGAGCGGGGAUUUUAAGUUUUUAGGGACUUGUAAUGGCCUGAUUUGUCUAGUAAAUCUCCAGUCAUUUCCUUGGGAUGUAAUUCUCUGGAACCCUUGUAUUCGUAGACAUUUUAUUUUGCCCAAGCCCGAUGUGCCCUAUGGGGUGAUUCGUCGCGCCACACUUGGUUUUGGGUUUGAUUCACUAUCCAAUGACUACAAGGUGCUCUUUCUGGUUGUGUUUCAUAACGAUGGACAGGAUUCGAAUGAGGCUUGGUUGUUCUCAUUAAAUAAGUGUUCUUGGCGGAGGAUUACUGAAGUUUCCCCCAAGCAUAGGUGUUGUACUGGAGUUAGGCAGAUGGCUUUUGUAAAUGGUGCUUUGCAUUGGCAUGGUUUCUUGAAUUAUGACGCGCAUUCACAUGUGAUGUUCGCUUUUGAUCUGAGCACAGAGAAGUUUCACGUGAUGAGUUAUCCCAACACUCCAGUUCAUUUUCAUCCAGACAUGUCUGUGAUUAAAUAUGAAGAAUCCAUCGCCGUGAUUAUCCCUGCUAGCCAUGGUUACAAUCGAGUUGAUUCUUGGGUCAUGAAGGAGUACGGUGUAAACAGUUCGUGGACGAAUGUGUUACAUCCAACUGGGGAAGGCAGAGAGUUAGUUAUUGACGCAGCAGGCUUGAUGGAUGUGUAUGGGGUUCGCAAGAAUGGAGAACUUUUAGUGAAUGUGACUCGGGAGCAUGGUCGUGGGUGUGAACUAGCUACACUGGAUUUGAACUGCCACCAAAGUGAGCAACGGCUAAAGCGUCUUGGAAUCAGAACCCAGCAUGGUGAUUCGUAUGUUGGAAGCUUUGUGGAGAGCCUGGUGUUAUUUGACAAAGGGGAACAAGAUGCUAAGGGGCGUAAACCAAAAAACAGAAAACCAAAAAAAAGAUACUAAGGGGCAUUCGGAGUGAAAGCGUAAUGCCAUUAGCCAGUAUGGAAGUAAGUGUCCCCCAUCUCUUCUUUAUCCGUUAUUUCCUCUGCAAUUACUUAAUUGGAUUUGGAAUGUGCUCUUGUUUGAAGGCUACUGUUAAUGACU